AUGCUUAAGAAAGUUCAAUCCUAUUCCUCAAAAGCCAUAGAUUCAGAUAGUGGAAGCAGCAUCAGUAUUGGCAGCCAAAUGCCACAGGAGUCGGGCAUCAACCACCAGUUGAACCCUAAUCAGAAAACCUUCUCGAUUCACUGCCUUAGGGUUGUGUUAUUGUUCACUAAGAUUACCCUGGCAUGCCUUGUGCUUUAUCAAGCCUCUGAAAGCCCUUUCCGGUUUCUCCCAGGAUCCAUCCAUUCAUUCUCUUUUUCUAGUGCAAACAAUUUCAGUAAUUCAGGGAAGAAGGACCUAGGGUUGAAGCAAGUACUGAAAAAGGCCGCCAUGCCAGACAAAACGGUGAUUAUAACAACCUUAAAUGAAGCAUGGAUUGAACCAGAUUCAAUCUUUGAUCUGUUUCUUGAGAGCUUUAGAAUUGGGAAUGAAACAUCAUGGCUUCUGAAACACUUGGUGGUAGUUGCUCUGGACCAAAAGGCGUUUGAUCACUGUUUAAGGACACAUCUGAACUGCUAUUUUCUGACAACUGAAGGCAUUAACUUCUCUGAUGAGGCACAUUUCAUGACCCCAAGUUACUUAAAGAUGAUGUGGAGAAGGAUUCAUUUUCUCCGAACUGUUCUUGAGACAGGAUACAAUUUUGUUUUCACGGACGCAGACAUCAUGUGGUUAAGAAAUCCAUUUCCACAUUUUUACUCAGACACCAACUUCCAAAUUUCAUGUGACAGCUUUGGGGGCAACCCUACUGACUUGAACAAUGCACCCAAUGGAGGUUUCAAUUAUGUUAAAUCAAGCACCCAGACGAUUGAAUUUUAUAAAUUCUGGUACAAAGCACGAGAGUUCUAUCCUAGAAAACAUGACCAAGAUGUACUCAACAAGAUAAAGUAUAAUCCCUUCACGAGGCAUAUUGGAUUAGAGAUCAAGUUUCUAGACACAGCUUAUUUUGGAGGGUUCUGUCAGCCUAGCAAGGACUUGAAUUCGGUAUGUACAAUGCACGCAAAUUGCUGUGCUGGUCUGGAUAAUAAAAUUCAUGAUCUCAAAAUCCUGCUCGAGGACUGGAGAAACUAUCUAUCUUUGCCAGAAAAUGUGAGGAAAGCCCAGCCCCCUUCAUGGUCUGUGCCACAGAGUUGCGGCCCUCGUUCAUUUCAUCGGCAUACACCAAGGAGGAAGAAUGGUAAGACAAGGAAGGAAGAAUAGAGUCAUAUUUGGACACAGAAUUUGGAUACGAUCAUUUUAAGGUACACAAUAAUAUAUGUCAACAUCUUCAGGAACUGUUAAGUCUUUUUAUUUGUUUGCACUAAUUUAAUGCCUGUUCUUAAAAAGAAAAACAGAUUUUUAGCUCCUAUUCAUGUUGGUUUUAAUGAUCAUCACCAAUCAUGAGAUGUUUUAGCAGUCACCUUUCCGUAUCGUUUAAUCCAUCGUCAUGCACUCAUUUUAUACAUGCAAUAUAUCCCUAGUGAAACUAAUAUUCUCCUUCUUCACUAAAAAAAUUAUGAUAAUUUGAUGCAGGUGCAAUUUCCUGUGAGUUGAUGUCAGCUUCAAUUUCUGUCUGGCAAUGCCAUAUGGUCCAAAUUCCUAGAGGCACAAACAUCAUAAAGAAAUGUAUUCUCAUUGCAGGACCAUUAUCUCCAACCCUUUUUGCCACUAAUUCUUUUGCUUGUACUUUUGCAAGAUGUAUAUGCUCUUCUAAAUUCUCCAAUCAGUAGACACUGAAACUUGAAUGCAGGUGUUCUAUUUCUGAUAACCAUGAUGAUAUUAAUUCCACUAAAUUUAACAGUCAUUAUCUACUGUAACAAAUGAAACAUAAACAAAGUCACACUACUAUUUUAACAUGUCGCUACUAGAACCAGCCUCAGAUGUUAAUCAAGAGAUAUCUCAGUAAUCAUACAUCAGUAAGUUUCAUAUUCAACCAAACAAGAACUCAGCACGCAGAGCAAGUACAUUUCAUACUUGAGCGGUUGUAAAUAGAUCAACAAAUUUUGUAAUCGCAUAUUUCAUAUUACUGACA